CCCGGGGCUGCAUCCUCUUUGCCCUUCCCCGUCCUGCACAGCCACUCAGCAAAGGGUGGGUGUGAGGAUGGAAAUUCAGAUUCUACAUGGCUUUGGUAGUGACCGCCUGUCUAUGCAGGUGUGAGCCCGGCCCGCGCCUUCCCCAGGAGACCAGAGCCAGCCCCUGCUCCUUGGUACCCAUGUGUGACUGGAAGACCAUGAUCAAGAAUGCCGGUGUGUCGGAGGAGAUGCAACAGGACUCGGCGGGGUGUGCUACUGAGGCACUGGAGAAGUACAAUACAGAGAGGGACAUCGCAGCCCACAUCCAGGAGUUUGACAAGAAGGACAACCCCACCCGGCCCUGCAUCGUGCUGAGGAACUUCAGUCGUUGCAUGACACACGAAACCAAAACCAUCUGCUUCUACCUGGGCCAAGUGGCCAGUCUCCUGUUCAAAUCCCGGUAAAAGCAUGCACUGUGCCACACACCCAAUGAUCCACCCAAAAACCUGGACUGCAGCCUAAACUCCAAAUACCAGAGACUGAAGUCUUCAGCCCUGCCUAAGGGAACACCUCCAUCUUUGAACCUUUAUUGGGUUUUGUACAGGGCAUUCUCUGUACUGGUUUGUUGUGGCUAUAA